AUGAGGCCCACAGAUUCUGAUGAAUCAUUAAUAUUUCAACAGUCAGACGUGGUUACAGAUACAUGUAUUCAGGGUACAGAGUCUCUGAUAGUCGGCAUCCUCCAGGCUCAGGACCUGCCAGCCAUGGACAUGGGAGGGACGUCCGAUCCUUACGUCAAAGUCUACAUGCUGCCGGACAAGAAGAAGAAGUUUGAGACCAAAGUCCAGCGCAAGAACCUGUGUCCCGUCUUCAACGAGACCUUCAACUUUAAGAUCCCCUACAAUGAGCUGGGCGGUCAGACUCUGGUGCUGCAGGUGUUCGACUUUGACCGUUUCGGUAAACAUGACGUCAUCGGUGAGAUCAAGAUCCCCAUGAACAGCAUCGACCUCGGACAGCCGCUGCACGAAUGGAGGGAUCUGGUUGGAGGAGAGAAAGAGGAGCAAGAGAAACUGGGUGAUAUCUGCAUUUCCCUCCGCUACGUCCCCACGGCCGGCAAGCUAACGGUUAACGUCAUGGAGGCCAAGAACCUGAAGAAGAUGGACGUCGGAGGACUGUCAGAUCCCUUUGUUAAGGUGGUGCUGCAGCACAACGGGAAGCGACUGAAGAAAAAGAAGACGUCCGUCAAACAGAACACUCUGAAUCCUUACUUCAACGAGAGCUUCAGCUUCGAGAUCCCCUUCUCUCAGAUCCAGAAAGUGCAGGUGCUGAUUACCGUCUACGACUACGACAAACUGGGCAGCAACGACCCCAUCGGUAAAUGCUGGAUCGGCUACGGCGCCUCGGGCGUCGGCCUGCGCCACUGGUCAGACAUGCUGGCCAAUCCCCGGCGUCCAGUGGCCCAGUGGCACACGCUGCUGCCGGAGGAGGAGGUGGACGCCGCUCUGAAGGCCCCCAUCCGCUAAACACACUCACACAGCACAGCAUCAUCUGCACAGAGGGGGUAACGGCGUAGUUAUACUGUAACACUGUCAAACUCAUUUUGAUACGAUGGUAUAAAAAACAUCAUCCUUUCUUUUUGAGUAACUCUAAGCUGCUGCUGAAGAGAUGAAGUGUGUACUUUCUUCUUUUGGUUCCCUCUUUUUGACCCCGUAAACUCCAGAAAGUCGAAACUUGACUCUCCCUGUGGAUUAUAUUUAGUGACAUGUUUUUACUGAUGAUCUUUGUGGCUCCUUCUCGUGUUUGGAUGAGUGGAGAUGCUGUCUGAAGUGUCUGGUGUGUGCACAUAUUGAUGUUUAACCAUUUUAUGUAUCUACAAACCACUGAUAUGUUACAUUUGUUAAUAUGUCAGGGAUCCAUUGAAACUUUCGUCGAAACGUUUUCUGUUGUGAAUACGCUGUGGUUAACGUGUUUAUGUUUAGGCUCAAAACCACUUGGUUACAAUAAGGAAAAGCUGUUUUGGAUUAACACGUCCGGUUUGGUAGCAACAAACACGUCUUGAAAUGUAAAAAAAAAAACCUUUUUUGUUGUCUGAAAUACUUUAUAUCUAGAAAACAUACAAAUGUAACAUA